AUAAAAUGUCAUUUACCAACUCAUCAGCUAACAACUCUUCAUUCUUUUCAUAAACUUCAUUAAAAUAUAUCGAAACCUAUUAUGAUGAAGAAUUGGAAUAAUAAGAAUUAGAAGAAGAAAAAUAGAUUUUCGCUUAAAUGUUUUAAACUCAUUAUAACACUACUAGCUUGUUCAUUUAGACUGUUUAAGAGUCUGAUAUUUCAAAGUAACAAAUAUAAUAAAAUUUACUUUUAUUAGGUAAACAAAAAAAUUGAGAAUCUUAAAACGAAAACUUCGUAAACUGAUGAGAAAGCAAAUAUGUAGAGGGAGUGUUGUUAAAGAUUAAGGGUAAGGAGGGUCCAAUAGUACAAUGACAUAAUUAAAUUAAUCUAAAAAUUAUCCGGAUAAUGAGGGUCAAGACAAUGACAUAAUAGGUAAUAAUUAUUAAAAAACUGAUAAUUAAGAAAAUACAAUUAUACUUGAACCUAUUAUAAAUCCAGAUAUUAAUAGUAUUUCGUCGUUGCAUUUAUGUUAAAUAUUUAUUUAAUUUUAGCAUCUCAGAUUGAUAUGAGAAUAGUAAAUAAUGUGGAUGUUAAAAUAAAUACAGUUAAUAAAAUCAAUGUUAUUUAAAAUAAUAACAAUAAUGAAAUUAAUAAUACUAAUAAUCAAAGUGAAGGAAUUAUUUAGAAAACUUUCUAAUAAUAUGAUCCAAAUGAGUAGUAGAAAAGGCCUUAGCAUUAGUAGUAGUAGUGAAACAAACCCUUCAUACUGAUAUAUACAGUAAUGAGGGGUUGAAAAAGCAGUGCGUGCACUCAAAGAAGUGACAAAGCUUUCAUCAACAC